UCCACAGGCCCAACUAUACUGCGUGCAUUUUCAUUGUUCAUUCUAAAGGCGCGCUCAUUGUAGUUGCAGUCUACGAGAAGCCUGAAAUUUUCGAGUGGGCGUUAUUGAACUCUUGCUCUAGGAUGGUGAUCGCUUCUGCACUUGGGGCUAAUCAUAUUGGAAUGACUUCUCUUCCUCAUUCGAAUCGACCAUUUCGAGUUCAUUACAACACAGCCAGAUUCAACAAGGCCAACCUCUUUCAGGGACUGCCCACAAGGAUUUCCGGAAGGGGUGGACAUCUCUAUGCUGAUCGAAUGGGCUUUAACCAUGCUGCAUCUGGAAGAGAUAAUCCGCAACUGAGGUUUAAUGAUGAAUUGCCUCCUGAACCCUUCUUCUUGGGUAUAAUUAAAGAAACCGUUUGGGGAUUGAGAUCAUUAUUCAUAUUUCUGGCCGAGCAGCCCAGUCAACUGAAGUACAUUGAGUGGCCUAGCUUCCAAAGCACGCUAAAGACUGCUACAUUCGCUCUUGUUCUCGUUGCACUGUUGAUUGUAGCACUCUCAUCAGUGGAUUCGGUGCUCAGCUUCAUUUUAACUUUCAUUCUCAGAAGGACCUCAUAAUGAAUUCUGGUACUUUUCACUUCUUGUUAAAAAUACUCUCAGAAGUUAAACUUUUCUUGGUGUAUAUUAAUGUUGUUGGAGAUGUUUACACUAGCGUGUCUAUGAAAUAAUGCCGUAAGGAAAGUAUAGAGAAUAUUGUCU